UUUUUCAAGACGUUUCUAUUGUGCGAUUGCGAACUCUACUUUUGCACAGCACAAGAUUUGAUCAUUUAAACUCUAACAGGAAACAACUGUUGGUGGCUUUACACAUAUUUAUAUGAUGAUUGUGAUGGUCGCAGUCUGUCUGCGAUCUUCCUCUCUGGCAUCGACUCCCCGGCCUGUUGCUGGACAGGCUGCCUGACAGGCUGCUUCACUCGCCCGCCUUGUCGCUCCCGGUACCACCUUUUAUCUUUCACAAGAGCUGCUUGAACGGCUAACCUUACAUCCGCAGUUUCGCGAGCAAAGCAGGGAUUCAUUACAGAUAUGUCUGAGGAGGUUGAAGGAACGAGGACUUCGGUGGAGCAGCAGGAAAUGGAGGACAAAGUAAUCAGCCCAGAGAAAGCAGAGGAGGCCAAACUGAAGGCCAGGUAUCCUAACCUAGGAGCCAAGCCCGGAGGCUCUGAUUUGCUCAGGAAAAGACUUCAGAAGGGGCCAAAAUAUUUUGACUCUGGCGACUACAACAUGGCCAAGGCAAAGAUGAAGAAUAAACAGUUGCCAUCGGCCCCAACAGAGAAGACUGAGAUUACAGGCGGGCACAUCCCAACACCUCAGGACCUGCCUCAAAGAAAGACUUCAAUUGUGGCCAGCAAACUGGCUGGUUGAUGGUUUUAGGUUUACUGUUUUGUUAUCAUUCCACCCCCCCACUUCAUAUCUACCUGCUGUUUACAGUUUUGUUUAUGUUUCACCUUUAUAUGUAUUCUCUAAGAACAACUUAUGUACCAAGCCAAAUUCUUGCGAUAAAUCUGUAACUAUUAGACACUGAAUUGCCAGCAAGUUAAAGCCAACAAAAAGUUGUAGCUGGAAAUGUUUCUCAAGAUCUUAAAAAAAAUACUGAGUAGUAAUUGAUUCUAAAAUAAAUAUGAAUGGAAGUUAAUGCUAUCAUAUUCUCACUUAACAUUUUAACUUUUAAGGUUAUAUGCCUCCAUACAAAUUGCCUGUAUCACAGAAGCUGAACACCCUGCAAAGAAAAAUCUUGUUUCUUUAAUCUUUCCUGUUACUGAUACAGAGGCACAAAUACUUCUGAGUUAUAACCACAGACAUUUUGUGUUAAUAUGUCUGAUGUUUAAUUUACAAGUAUGUCUUUCAGCUUGAAAAGGUGUUGAGUAUUUAACUGCUCAUAUGGAGGCAUGUUGGUUUAAAUAGUGAAAAGUGAGGUAAUCUUGUUUUGUUUUCUAAUCCUUGUUUGUGGCCCUUCCUUUCUCCCUGUGAAGCUGUUUGAUUCUGUGCUUUCAAAGUACUGAAGAUUAGAUAACACACACACACUUUGUAGCCAGUUGUAUUUUAAUUCAUUUCAGUGACAUUGGUUUGCAAGGACUUACUGCUGGUCUCCAUUUCAUCCUGACCUCUAAAAUGGCCUUAAAAGUAAUGCACCGUUGUUCCUCUUGAGCAAUAUUUGCUCCCUCAGUGAGAAUCUUAGUUAUGAAGUUUGCCUGAAUUGUCUGUCACUGUCUGACUGGAAUCACUUACGAUUUUAAGGAAAGAAACUCCCAUGACAUGUCUGGAGUGUGCAUGUGCAUUAACUGUGCAGUCACACUGUGCCAUUUGUUUUGUAAAUAAAAUAGUUUUGCAUAAUA